AUGACUGAGGUCGGGCACGCCGAUUUAUCGCGGCUGCUUCAAUCCAAGCGCAAUGAGUGCCAUGCAAUCGUAACUUCGCGCAAGAGGAAGCUUCGCGAACUCUUCGCGGUCGCGACACAGACCCAACCGCUCCCCCAGCAAGCCCAUGCGCUCCCCGACGCGCCCGCUGCCACCACCGCCGAGUGGCAGUUCCUGCAGACAAACGAUAUUUUGCAAGAAAGAAUCUUCGACGAAGCAAGUAUUCCGCCGCGACCACCACAAUCUGUCGAAGCCUUGAAACGAUCCAUCUCUGCUCAACUCGCCGCUACUAGUUCUCCGGUUAAUUCGCCAGUUGCUGCGACGCCCGGACAGCCCAGCUCAGCCAACUCGGCGCGAUCAACGCCUGGGGCACAGAGCCCAGCCAACAUCCAAAAUGGACCCAAACCUACCAUCACACCACAAAACUCCGCUGCAGCGCUCGCCGCGCGUGCUCAGAACCCAUCGAAGCAGCUCACCGAUGCCUCGAGACGACCCAACCAAGUUUCAUUCCCCCCGGGCACCAAAGGAUCGCCUUCCUUGACACCAACGCCAAUUCCAAACCGAGUUGCUACGGAUGCCCCUCCGGCUGAUGCCGCCAGCGCGACGACUACUGCGGCCCAUGACAUAUCUGCCAACACCAGUCCGGACAACGAAGGCCCUAGGUCACCCGAAGUCGCACAACAACCGGCGCAGGCCAUGCCGAAGCCCGAGACGAAAGACAGCGCUGCUAGCCCGAAGCCGCCAUCUGACGAAGACCAGUUGCUGCAGGAGUCCAUCCGCUCUGCUGCUGCGUCUGGCUCCGAUGACGAAGCGCCGCCAACAACCGGGCCGACCUCGAAUCCGCAGACGAGCAAUCCCGAAGCUUCUAGUGCCGAAGUUCCUGACAGUCAGGAUGAAGCGGAUAAGAUGGAUGUUGAUGUCCCCGAAACAAUCCAGGAGUCAAUCAACGUCAAACCGACACCACCUCUACUUACACCUCAACCAACAAGAGAGAGCGUGCCCGUUGAGCGUGCCGUCACUAGAGUUUCUUCGGGUGCUAUGAGACUCAAGUCUGUCAAUGAAAUCGUUGGAGCCACCCCUCGUUCAACCAUCGACCGCGGCACUCCCAAGGACCUCGAGGAUCAGCUCACUCCAUCCGCCUCCGCGCCGGAAUCGCCAGCAUCAAGAUCAAAACCACGUAAAGACCGCAGUAAAGGACAAGUGUCUACGGUUCUAUUCGGCAAGCAGCCCAAGCGUGUCGAAGACAAGGCCGUCGCUCCGAGCCAAAAGGAACAGUUCCACCCUUUCGACGACUAUUACACCCCGCUCUUCAUUCAAAACUUCACCGGCGCAACCAACUGGAUGCAACCUAUCGAGAAAAUCUUAUUCCACGCCAACAAGACGAUCGGUACUUCCGAUGCUAACCUCGCAAUCCUGGAUAAUCAAGCCUGCAAGGUGCUACGUAGGGUGUAUCAUCUGCAGCAGCAUGACAAGUGGUCUUUGCGACAGCCCAAGCGUUGCCCGGAGCCGACACGACCUACUUCGCAAUGGGAUGUGAUGCUUCAGGAGAUGAAGUGGAUGAGAACAGAUUUCAGAGAGGAGCGCAAAUGGAAAACGACGGUGGCGCGCAAUCUGGCAUACGCAUGUGUGGAAUGGCAUGAGUCGAGUGCGGAAGAGCGACUAGCUCUUCAGGUUGCCACCCAUAUACCUCCCAGGCGUAGCGCUGAUGGAGACGACGCGCGGACGGGCGGCGCUGAGGUGACGGGAGCUGAGAACCAUCCUACGCCUGACCUCGAGCCAUCAGGUGACGCCGACUCACCUCUGCAUGACGAUAUUUCUGAAGUAUUUGUGGAAACAGUCGCGCCAUCGGCCAUCUUUUCACUGCAGGAAGAUGAUGUCGUCUUUGGUCUGCGGCGAACGCAAGCUGCCGACCAGCUCCUGGACGAACUACCUCUCUAUGGCGCUCCUCUAAAGAUCCCCCAAACUGACCUCACCAAUCCCGAAUUUGAUCCUGAUGCACACUGGCGGCGACCUGCCCUGCCUCUAAGCAAGUAUGUUGAAGGAGAGAUGAAGGUUACUGCCAGAGGCCCUCCACGUAAACGUGGUCGAUUCGACUAUCGCAACGAAGACUCGGACGAUGAAAGUGACUACACUUUCGCUGCCGACCAAACAGUCAACCCCACCAGAACUGAGGCAAUCACCAGCAAUGUCGCCUUAUUCAAUCCCGAAUCGAAGCCUAUCAGAGAUAGACUGCAUGCUGGCCACCAAUUCCGCCCGCCCUCGGAACAUCCCAUGCCUAUGCAGUCAUUCUAUGAGUGCCGCAGCGCCUCGCAGUGGACGGUUGCUGAAGAUGAUGAGCUCAGAGGCCUAGUGCGGGAAUACUCGUAUAACUGGUCGCUGAUCUCGAGCAUGCUUUCUACUCGAUCUUCCUUCGUAUCCGGGCCAGAGCGACGCACUCCCUGGGAAUGCUUUGAGCGAUGGAUUAGCCUCGAGGGGCUGCCGGCUGAUAUGCAAAAGACGCAGUACUUCAAAGCCUAUAACGGCAGAAUUGAAGCAGCCCAACGCAUCAUAGCUCAGCAGAAUCAAAUCGCGGCACAGCAAGCUAGUGCCGCUGGCAGCAACGUGCCCGCCCUUCGCAGGAGACCGUCCGUCCCAGUUAGGGUCGAACGACGCAGGAGCCAGAAGCACCUGACUCUAAUAGACGCCAUGAGGAAACUCGCCAAGAAGCGAGAGACGGCCCAGCAGAAGCAGCAGCACACUGCCUCGCAGAAUGCAGUCAAGAAAGCUGCGGAGCCAGUUUCGCAACGCCCAUCCAAGACACCGAGAGACUACAGUUUACUCAGACACGAACGAGACGAAGCCGUACGGGAGAAAAUGGCACAGUUCGCCGCUCGCUCAGAGGCACAGCGAAGAGCUCAGCUCCAAGCUAGAGCGCAAAGUCAAGCUGCCCAAAUGGCUGGGGCUGCCCAAGGUGCCCAAGCAAAUCAAGGCGCUGCCCAGGCUGCCGCAAAUGGCACGUCUCAAGCUGGAGCCCAGCGUCCCGAGGUCCCAGCACACCUGGUGGCAGCAGCAGCCGCCGCAGCCGCCGGUCAACGCCCGAGAAUGCCGUCGCUGUCUGGGGUGAAUGGCGCUCCUCAAGCCACUCCUGGCCUGCCAUCGCAGAUAAGCCCAGCCAUGGUCGCAGCGGCUGCGCAAAUGAAGGGAAUACCAGCCGCGCAACUACAAGCAGCUAUGCAGGCACAAGCACAGCAACAUAGAAUGCCAAUGCCUAACCAGGCGGCCGAUGCCAACCUCAUGUUGCGAGCCCAGCAAAUGGCCAACCAGCAGCGUGCAGCUGUCCAGAUUCAACAGCAACAACAAGUCCACCACCAGCAACAACGGCCCAAUUCGGCUGUCCAGCAGAACGGCCAGGGCUCACCACCAAUGCACAACGGUGUGAACGGCGCAGCGAAUGGCAUGCACAUGCAAAAUGGCGUCCCCAACGGCUCUCCCGGUCCUCGAGUGUCUACGCAAUUGCCACCAAAUAUUGCCUUGCAGCUCAAUCAGCUUGAGGUCCAGUUCCGGACAAAGAACCCGAGCUUGACGCCAGAGCAGUCUCGACAGCUUGCAACAGAACACCUUACUAGGGCCAUGAUGGCGCAGCGACAAUCAGCUCUCAAUGCUGCUGCAGGCGUGACCGGCCAGCCCGGACUCUCCAAUAGUAUUGCUGCCACGACGAGCCCUCACCAGACAGCAGCUCUCUGGAAACAGCACGGCUGGAAGCCCUGUUCCACCAGCCAAUCAUCAGCGCCAAUCAAGCGGCAGCGCGACGCCAUCUUCGACAAGCAAGUAGCCAAGCCGAUCACGGAUUUUUGUCUUUGA